CUCGAGUUGGUACUGCAGUUAGUAUUCAGUUGAUAUUGCUAUCCAAGAAGCAUCAAUGGCCUCCUUCAAAACACUUCUCUUUGUUUCGCUCUUGGUUGUUGCCGCACUGGCAGCAGUUCCGAUCGCCGAAGCGCAACUUAUUGGCCUGAUCAACCGGAUCUUUCAGCUGAUCCGCAUACAAGGAACUUUGUUUUGCACCGCCAAUGGCCGUGUCAGUACUGCUGGCGCCUCCCUUACACCAGUAUUCCCAAAUGCUACUGUCGUACUGCAAUGUGGAUCUGGAAAUGUGAUAUCUACUGCAACUACGAAUGCCUCGGGAGUCUUUUCAAUCCUGCUAGAUCCUCUCCAGUUUCUUCUAUCUUCACUCUUAUCUAAUUGCAAGCUCGUGGUUACCACACCGCUCUCUAGCUGCAACUCUAGUUUGUCCGGAACCCAGAUACUUGAAUCUGCCUUGCAGUUCAUUGGAAACACCCUCCUCGGCCUCCUUACCAUCAUCAAUGUCAUUCCGGCUGGCUUCAUCGUCAGCAACUAAUAUCUAAAUUAAGAAUCAUUAACAUGGCCAACAUGCGCGCUCAAGUCUUGUUUCUUAAUCAAAGACGAAUAAGUUCAACUAAGGAUGAAACCUAUUUGACAAGGUAUACCUAGCAUAUAAUGUGUGAAUUGAUUUGUCUUCCAAGUAUGUGUAGCCAAUAUAGUUGGGAUUCAGAUUGGACAUUUCUCCUUGCUUAAACUAGUAUAGUCGAAUUCUCCCAGUUAGUAAUGAA